AGUGUGGCGCGCGCGCCGCUGUGAUCGUGUCCGUAGUGCGUGCAGCGUGGCGAGCGGCCCAGUGAGCGAGCGAGCCGCGCGGUCGCGAGUGCUGUGCCGAGCUGUGUCCGCGUCCGCGUCCGCGCCCGUGGCCCCCGCCUGUGAUAGUGCUGUGCCUUAGCAGUGACGUGCUUUACUACUCUCAUUUACAACUGUUUGUUGUGUGACCACACCUGGCCAAAUAUCAGUGCUCUCUUGGAUUAAUUCUCAUAUCGUUACCAAGGAGAGCCACCCUACGUUACUGGCUUGCGCCGGCGGAGUAUUAGUAAGAUCGCACGGUAACCGCCGGCGCAGCGCGGUGACUGGGCGGUACCGCGCGGCGGCGGCGGCGGUGCGGUGCGGUGCGGUGCGGUGCGGUGCGGUGCGGUGCGGUGCGGUGCGGUGCGGUGCGGUGCGGUGCGGUGCGGUGCUGUGUAGCGCGGCGAGCGUGCGGCGGCGCGGCGGCAUGGGGCGCGCGCGCGGCCCGCCGGCGGCAUGGCGGUGAGCUGCCCCGAGGUGAUGUACGGCGCGUACUACCCCUACCUGUACGGGCGCGGUGCUGCGCGCUCCUUCCACCACGCGCCGCACUUUCAAUAUGAUCGGUUUAACGUGCAAAGCGGGGCAAGCAAUCCGGGUAGUGAGGCGUAUAGCGGCGGCGGCGGCGCGGGCGGCGCGCUCAGCUCGGGCUCGGCGUCGUCGGGCGCGCAGUCGCCGGGCUCGCCGCCGCACGCGCACCACGCGCCGCUCGCGCCGCGCCUGCGCACCAAGGAGGAGGACCUGUCCACGCACGGCCGCGCCAGCGCUGACGGCGGCGGCUCGUCCGAGUCCGAGGGCGAAUGUGGCGGAAGCGGCGGGCGGGCGCGCGCGCAGUAUGUCAGCGCUAACUGCGUCGUGUUCACGCAUUAUUCUGGCGACGUGGCCGCUGUCGUCGACGAGCAUUUCACCAGGGCGCUGUCUAUUGACAAGCCCAAAGAAAGCGUGCCCAUGGUGUCUCGCAACCUGCCGGCGUCGUUUUUCAACGCGGCGGCGGCGGCGGGCGUGGCGGCCGCCGGCGGCGCCUGCGCCGGCGUCGACAUCUACGAUUACGACCCUUGGCAUCAACACUACACUGGGUACGGGCACGCGGCGCACAGGCACGCGGCGGAGUACCACGCGGCGGCGCAGGCGCACCACAACAUGGCGGCGGCCGGCUACGGCGUGGGCGGGCUGCUGCUGGGCCGCGGCUCGCUGCACCACCAGUACAAGCCGGUGGACUGGCCGCACGCGCACGCGCAGCACCACGCGCCGCACCACCUCGACCCCGCGCACCCCGCGCACCCCGCGCACCCCGCGCACCCCGCGCACGCCGCGCACGCCGCGCACCCCGCCGCCUGCUCGCCCUACUCCUACCCCGCCGUGCCCGGUCUGGAGGCGCAGGUGCAGGACACGUCCAAGGACCUAUAUUGGUUUUGAGGAGAGCGCGACGCUGGCGGCCGCGCGUGCUCGCGCGUGCUGACCGCGGCUGCGUGCUCCUACCGAUACCAUACUACUUAGGUAAACGACGGCUGUAAAGAAAGACAUUGUAUAGUUGUAGUCCUCGUAGCAAUCUAGCGACCUACUUACAUAUAGAGACAUAUAGUUUGUAUAGAAUCUGUGCAAGGCCACGCCUCGCGGGCCAGUGUCCCGGGAGCCGGUCCCGGGGACCGGCUGCGACCUCGGUGCCCGGUACGGGAUUCAAUCUCAUGUUAAGAGUAUUAUUAAAAUUUGAGUUACGAUAGAGUUUUGUUUGGAGCGAUGUGUCCACCCGGGACGGCGCGGCGGUCCCGGCGCGGCGUGUCUGCUCCACGUAGCGUAGGCGACCGAUAGCUGUUGUGUAUAUACGAAUUAAGUUCAGUUAUAGGUAAUAUUUAUCUAAAUGGUGUAUAGUGACAUGUAUUCACGUAGGUGCUUUGCGCUAAAAAAAAGUUUAAAAAGUAACAAACACAAAUAAUUGAACAAUUGUUGUACAUUUCUGUAUAUGUAGAUAUUACAACAUUAAGUACCAGUGAUUGUUCACAUGAAAUAUGUAUAUGGAAGCUGUACAUAAUGUCAUACUCCGCGAGCUCAGCAAUAGGUACUAGCGGAGUGCACAGUUUACGGUCGACUACCGAUUAUGUCCGUAUAGUUCUACGAUAUAGUUCUAUCACACUACAAGCAUUAGAACGAAACGGACUUGUUGUCCGUUCAGCUCUAGAUACUAUUUGCAGUAUGAUUUUAACAGAAAUAAACGAUUAAAAAGUUUAUUUUUGUGUGUUUUGUUCUAUUUUACAUUUAUAAAAAUAAAUUUAGUUCUAGAUUUUAAUAAAAUUAUAUCGUCAAUAAAGUUAAAAUGCAAAACAGACAAAAGUAUGUAUAACAUAUGUAUAUAUACAUGUAUAUCCAUCACGCUUGUCUCUUAUUGGGAUAGGCAGAAACAAUAUUAAUUUUUUUCAGUUCUCCAAAUUUCCAGACCAACGCAACGUUCUCUUUUCAAUUUUAAUUACUACAUAGUCUUUUAGUCCACACUUCUCUCUAAUCGUACGAUGACUCAUUCUCUUUUAAUGCAAUAUAAAUUUGCGAUUCCAACUGCUUUGGCAUCUGCCAUACUCCUACUCUUCAAACUGAAACAGUCAUGUAAACACAACUGCAUUGCGACAAAAACACGAGUGAGAUAGUGGUGUGGAUGCAGACAACUUGUGUACAGUCUCCCGCUGGUUCCUGGCCAACUGUACGUUAUAGUACUGAGCAUGUUCACCUUAAUCUUCAGUCAAAUAACCUAUUAUCAUUAUUGCUACUACAAUGCGCAAUUAUAGCGCCGUCUUUAUUAAUACGAUUUUUAUAAUAUUUAUACUUCUCAUGUAAAAUAUCUAUUUCCAUUUGUCUACAAUAAUAUUUAUGGCAAACGUAUUUAUUUCUUCAUUGAAACUAUAUACAUGUCAAUUUUUGGAACAGUUAAAAGUUUCUUACCUUGUUAUAAAUAAAAAUAGCGGAACUAAAUCGUUGAACAAUCUCGGUUCAAAUUAAUUAAUUUCCCUUCCGUUCUUUCUUAGUAAUCGAAUAAGCUUUUUCAGUUUUGUUCUACUAGUAGAACUAAAUCGUAGAACAAUACGGAUAUAGUGCGACGACCGACCGUUGUCAUUAUAAAUAACAUGUCCCUUGCAAUGAAAAUUAUAUGUGAGAAUAUAAUAAAUAAAGUUAAGGAA